GCCAAAACAGAAUUGAAAUUGAAGACACUGACUUCGAGCCUGUGCUCCCGGGGUCGCCCCGGCCGCACCCCCACAGACCUCUGGUUGGAGAUUUGCACCACUGCGAGACCUCCCCGCUGACCCCAUGCUGGGCUCUCCCUGCCUUCUGUGGCUCCUGGCUGUCACCUCCUCCUUAGUGCCCAGAACGUGGCCCUUGGCCCCUCAAGACCUUACGGAAGAGGAGGAAGAUGAGACCUCACGGCCGCCUCUGCCGGCUGUCCUCUGCGACUACGACAGUUGCCGCCACCUGCAGGUGCCAUGCAAGGAGCUGCAGAGGGCUGGGCCGGGGGCCUGCCUGUGCCCCGGGCUCUCCAGCCCUGCCCAGCCUCCGGCCCCGCCGCGCCUGGGAGAGGUGCACGUGGUGGCCGAGGCCGGCAGCGCGCUGGUGCGCUGGUGUGCGCCCCCCUCCCCGGUCCACCAGUACUGGCUGCUGCUUUGGGAAGGCGGUGGGGCUACCCAGAAGGGCCCCCCGCUCAACGCCACGGUCCGCAGAGCAGAACUGAAGGGACUGAAGCCCGGGGGCACUUACGUCGUUUGCGUGGUGGCUGCCAACGGGGCUGGAGAAAGCAGCGUACCGGGGGCAGGUGGGGAGGGCCUCGAGGGGGUGGGUGGCCCUGCUUUCGGGCCCUGCGGCAGGCUGGCCGUGCCCCCCAGGCCCGUUACCCUGGUCCACACGGCCGUAGGGGUGGGCACGGUGCUGGCCCUGCUGACCUGCUCUGCUCUGGUCUGGCACUUCUGCCUGCGCGAGCGCUGGGGCUGCCCCCACCGGCCGGCCUCCCCACCAAGAGCAGGGCUCUGAAGCAGCCUGGGCGCCUCUCGGGCCCAGCUGAGCCCAGGCUUGCAGAGGAGAGCUCGGCCCGGACUCCCCUGGGCAGCCCGGGCGCCAGAGUAGAAGGCCAGGCGCCUGGGGCCCCAGCUGAGUCUCGGUGCUCAGCCCCUCGGGCUUGUUCGGGUCCCAAACUUUCCGUCCUGCUCCAGGCUGAAAGGAACGGAGAGGGGUUGGCAACCUUGUCCUUAAAGGACCAGAGAGUAAAUAAUGUAGGCUUUGCAGUUCCAGAGGAUAAAAUCAAAGAUAAUAUGUAGGUGCUUCUAUGGCCAUGUAACCAUGUAAAAACGCAGAAACCAUUCUUAACUCAUGGGCCUUUUCUUUUCAAAUCAGGCCCCGGCCAUACUAGGCCUGUUGGCUGUAGUUAGCUGAUCCCAAUCCCUGUCAUAGACCCUCAAAAGGGCCCUGUCACAUUGGUGGCUUCGGUGGGAUUUUUGAGAACAAAUUGCUUCGGGCUGGGAGCUUGGGGAAAGACCACUCCCUCUUUUACCUUUCAUUUCGA